AUGCUAUUGGACGAAACCAGUGGAGGGGUCUCCACCCAACUUGAUGCAGCCUACCUCGACAUUUCCAAUUCGAAAUAUCCCAGUUCUGAGCCUAUCAAAAAAAAGAAACGUCUUGACCCUGAAAUCCAGCGAGAACGAGACAUUCGGACACGUAAGAAAUUGGACAGAGAAAUCCGCCGUCUUUCUCGUGUCACUAACCAACUAAAACCAAUAAUUGAAGAACAGCCUGACCUUAAACUUAUAUCCGAGAUCCCCCUCCGAAAGCGACUCACGGAUUGUUCUCCUGACCCAGACGAGUUGCAAUUCGAAACAAUAGUCUAUUCAAAAUUAAGAAGACGUGACAAAAAAGAACAAAGGGAUGCCUUUCAAAGAGCAGUCAAGUGUGAGAAAGAGGCAUUGAUAGAACUGAGCAAAACUUGUGAGUGGCUGUAUAAGAAUGCGUUAAAGAUUGACAAGAGUUUGAUUCCUCUGAGUGUGGAUGGUCCAUCAAUCACUCCCCAAAUAAGGGACUACUCUCCCUUGGACGGGGAAUACAUUGAAACGACAAAUCUGUUUAUUGACGAUUGAUUAUAAAUAUUAUUUAAUCACUGUUUCCAUUA